AUGUCUAAUCUUCCAAGAGACUUGGUUGAAGAGAUCCUCUCUAGGGUUCCGGUGAAAUAUCGAAGAGCGGUUCGAUUUACUUGCAAAACGUGGAACACUUUAACUAAAGAUGAUAGCUUUGUGAAGAAACAUGUUGGCCAAGCAAAACUAGCAUCAGCUAAGACAAAAGAGUUCAUGGUGAUCAUGACAAUGGGUUUUAGGGUUUAUUUGACGAGUGUGAAUCUCCACAGCAACGUUAUAAAGCAUGAAGCUAAGUUUACUAGCCUAGACGAUUCAGAUGUAUUAGAUGUAGUUAGAGUCAUUCAUUGUGAUGGUUUGUUGUUAUACAUCACGAAAGGCAGUAGUAAGCUUGUGGUUUGGAACCCUUAUUGUGGACAACCCCGGUGGAUCGAAUUCGAGCCUAGUUUCAACCGAACGGGCAUAUAUUUGUAUGCUCUAGGUUAUGAGAAGCACAUAAAUUGUUGCGACAGCCACAAAAUCUUGAGAUUUAGUAAUUUUUUUUACAAAUUAAAAGAGUUCAAAAUCUAUGAUUUUAACUCUGAUAAAUGGAGGGUUCUUGAUGUCACACCAGACGAGAAGAUUCGUAUACCUUAUCACAGUCGCGGUGUCUCUCUUAAAGGAAAUACAUACUGGUUUGCAGAAACAAGAGAUGGACACGAUUGUCUCAUACUCUCAUUUGAUUUCACAAGAGAGAGAUUUUGGCUGCCUUUGUCUAUGCCAUUUAAGUAUUGGAAACCUGAAGAUCUUGUUACUCUAUCGAGUGUUAGAGAUGAGCAACUUGCGGUUUUACAUCAGCGAAGUGACACAUUCAUGAUGGAGUUUUGGAUUACGACUAAGAUUGAGCCCAACAUGGUGUCAUGGAAUACCAAGUUGUUCUUAGCAGUAAAUAUGGUGAGACCACAUAGUCACUUUGGCCUUGGGUUUACAUUUAUGUCUCUGAGUUUCUUCAUUAACGAGGAGAAGAAAGCCGCAUUGGUUUUCAGUAAAGACCAAGGAGUUUCCCCUACUCGCGACAUAGCGUACAUUGUUGGAAUGGAUGGAACCUUGAAAGAAGCAUAUCUCUGUGUACAUGAAAAAUAUCGUUACCCACUUGCAUGUUCUUAUGUUCCAAGUUUAGUACAACUUUAGUAAGUUCAUUUUACAAUAAAUACCUAUAAUUAAUAAUCUACUUAUUUGGUCUGAUAUGGGUCGCAUUUUUGA